CAAAACAGGAUGCGCGAGUUGCUCUGUUGUUUUGGAGUGAGCAGUUAAACUUACCGUCAGCUACUAACAUUUUAAAACAAAAUAGAUAUAUAUUUAAAAGGGAUAUUUAAAUAAGUUAUUUUGGCAACGUCUAAAGAAGAAACUGAAGUGCUACAGCAAUGGAAGAGGGAGAGACCGUGUCACAUCUGUCCCGAAAGGAGCUGCGUAAACAGAAGUUAAUGGAAUAUUUGGCAGAAAAGGGACGACUGAAACUGCCCAACCCUAAUUUCACUCCCUAGACCUUACCUCCGCGACGUUAACCAUGUGAUGAAGCCUGGGAUAUCUUCGCAAAAGGAUUUUAAGGGGAAAGAGAACAAAGGUCUAUCCGACAUAUUCAAGCAUGAGACCACAACAAUUCCAACUCUGGUUACUCAAGCCACAAAGCACCCUGUUAGGAAAGCAUUCGGUAUCACUAACAAAGUGAAUGUCAAAGGCAGCAUUGUGACUGGACUGCCAAAUGGCAAAUGUCCAUCUGCAAAUAGGGGCUCCAUACAACCACAAUUUAAUCGGAACUCAGUGCUCACUGGGAUGAACACCGCUGUGCCCCCCAAAUAUAAUCCUAAUACAGCCAGCCACUUUAAGAAGCAAUCAAACAGAGGAAUGCACUCUUCUUGCAGAGCUUCUUCAAAAGCAGAUUCUAAUAGCAGAUUGUCGAGCUGUAUAAGUCUUGGCCCGACUGUCAAAACAAAAACAGGACUCAUCCCUGCAGUGACUCAGCCAAGAAAUGUGAACAAAUUUGUGACACAGACCUUUUCCACAGCAGCCAAUAAAUCUGAAACCAUUAUGCAAUCAAGCAACUCAUCAGUCUCUUUUUCCCAGAGGCCCAUCAGGGCCAAGAAGAAAACACUUUGUUCCACUACUCUGAACAUCCCUGUCAACAAAAGAAUAACAGUUUCUUCAACUAAAAUACAAGACAAUAAAGUUCAAGAUCAGACCAAGGCUAAUUCAAAACCACUCCUGGGUAAACCUCAGCUUUCUUGUAAGGCUCAGUUAUCAAUUGGACUCAAAUCGGUGGCCUCCAAGUGCAGAUCAGAACCUAUUAAGCCAGAUAGGCGAGAGGGGAGUUCUAUAACUAACAGAACCGUUGGUAUGCCCACAGACAGGUUAGCAAAACAGAAGUUUGAAGACGGAGAGGAGAAAAAUGGAAAGCCACUCAAACUUCCCACUCAAAAGUGCAGUGUGAGAGCAGCCGGGGUUACACGUGCUGUUGUGGCUGAACUGGGAGAGAAAAGCAAGACAAGUAAGGAUACUCGAGGCAAAAAGGGACAUGGUUCAGCAAAUGUCCCUCCACAACAGGCUAAUGUAAACAAAACAGGUGCUCCUUUGAUGUCUAAGCCUGCUAGGAACAUCAGUCAUACAGGCCCAACCACAAACAUGAAGACACCAAAGGUACCAGUCAGGGUCAUUCCUCAGACUGAAGUGAAGAAACUGACUGCUGCCCAAGAGGAAAGAAUGCGAAAACUGAAGGAGUGGCGGGAAGCCAAGGGGAUAUCCUACAAACGCCCUCCAAUGCCAGUGAAACCUCCAGUGAGGCACACUAUUGCUGUGCCUCAUCCUUUCUGGACUGCCAUGAAGGAGGAAGAUGACGCCCACUCCCUGAUCUGUGCUGUAGACAGGUCACUGGCCGACUGUAUCAAAUUGCUCAGAGAGGGUUGCCCUCCAGACCAGGUGAAGGAGGUUCUUUCACGGCUGCCGACUAUGUCCCAGAAGUUUGCAAAAUACUGGAUAUGUCAGGUCCGCCUAAUGGAGCGAGAGGGCAAACUAGAUGUCCUGCCCAUGUUUGAAGAAGCUGUUCGUGUUGUGUUGGAGCCUGUAGAUGAGUUGCGGUCUGUGGUGUUUGAGAUCCUGAAGAAAAAAGACAUGAUGCAAGCAUCUGAAGCAAAUGAGAAAGAGGGGGACCAAAUCCCAACAGCUGAGAGCUCUCCUGAGUUUAGCCACAACCCAGUGACGACCCCUAAACCUGUAAAAGUCUUCAUCUCUGGGGAAAAAGGAGACUCGUCUGUAGUCAAGUAUAAGAUCACAGCAACUCCUGGUGGCCCACCAAGCCAACAGAGAGAACCAGCGCGGGUCAACGGCCAGGAGAUUCGCUUUUUCACUCCAGUUAGGCGCUCGCUGCGAAUUGAGAGAGCCUCGCUCCGAUAUCCUGUGUCCCUCCAGGACCAUGAUGUCUGCGUAGCCUCCUACAGUGACCUGAUCCUUGAGGAGGAGAAAGAGAAAAAUGAUGGGGUGAAGGGAAGUGAAACAAGCCCAUCUGUUAAUGACACGGCAAUGUAUAUCUACAGGCAGAACGAAGCACUGAAAGACAAGGUGCUGGUCAAACUCGUCUAUGAUUAAAUUUGACCAGUUUUGUAGCUGAGUCAAAAUUCUUAUGAUCUGUCAAUGUUCUGAGGUAUUUUCCACAAAAUAAGUUUUAUGAAGUGGUUAUUUUCAAAAGUUGGGUUUCUCACACUUAGGUCAUAUUUAAUUACUCCCAACUAUAGUGUACAUGUUCAUAAAAAAUAAACAUUUGUUUUUACUACCCA